UCUUUCUUAGCAAAUUAAGCUCCUCUAGUUUCCACAUUGUGAAGUCAAACCUGCAUUAUCAACCUCUUUUCCGUCCUCUACCCUUUGUUUCAUUUGUAUGUCACCACCGCCGUGUCUGAGGAUAAUCAUUAGAAGACUUUUGACAUGUUUCCAUUGAUUCAAUAACUGUCAAGAUGAACGCCUUCUUUUGAUCUCAAGUACUGGAAAAAAAAUGUCUGGAUUACUUCAGGUACGUUGAUCAUGAGAGCCAUAUGAAAAACAGCUUAUCUUAGGAAUGGUUGAGCUCUUGGUUUUGAUCGGAAGGGUUAGCCUGGUAGUUGGUGAAAGUUCCGCAACUUGGUUUGCUUGAUUAUGAUUUUGAUAACCCGAUGGGGCGUGCUCCAUUUAAGAUGAGAUGAUGAUGGAAGGGUUGGUUUACUGGAUUUUAAGAAGAUGUUAUGUGUUUUUUAUCCUUUGUUUCUUCAUUCUUCUUCCAUCAACAAGUGCACAAGGCUUUUUGAGCAUAGCAUGCUGCGCUCAAUCAAAUUUUACAAAAAACAGCAUACAUUGGAUACCUGAUGAUCAAUGGUUUAGAGACAGGAAAAGUUGCAGGAACUUGAACAAAGGCAUCGAAAGAGUUCGGAUUUUUGACAUCGAAUCAGGGAAAAGAUGUUAUAGCUUACCGACAAUAAAAGAUCAGGACUAUCUGAUAAGGGGUUCAUUCCCUGUCGGCGAAACAGAGGGGGCUCAGUUAGACUCGUUGUUUCGUGUUUCCAUUGGCGUCACACCACUACACCUCGUGAACUCAUCGGAGGGCUUGGUGGUGGAGGGAAUUUUCCGAGCUGCUGAUAGCUAUACUGACUUCUGCUUAGUGCAUGAAAAAGGGGAUCCCUACAUAUCGAGUCUUGAACUAAGGCAUUUGAAUGGUUCAGCGUAUCUAAAGGAUAAAUCAUCCAGUAUUCUGAAGCUGCUUAACAGAACUGAUCUAGGGGGCAUUGGAGAGACCAGGUACCCAGAAGACGGAUAUGACAGAAUUUGGAAACCAGCUUCAAGUCUUUACUCACCGGCCAACUCCUCUAUUACUAUCCACAACAAUGCUAAUACAACAGUGCCGCUCAAAGUUCUACAAACAGCUGUUACAGAUUCAAAUCGAUUGGAGUUCCUGCAAAAUGGCCUUGAUAAUGAAGACUAUAACUACACGGUGAUCCUCUACUUUCUUGAGCUCAAUGACACUGUUACAAGAAUUGGUCAAAGGGUGUUUGAUAUUUACAUCAACAAUGAGAGGAAAGAGGAGAAUUUUGAUAUAUUGGCUAAUGGAUCGAACUAUCGAGAGGGUUUUUUCAAUUUGACAGCUAAAGGGUCUCUGAAUUUGACCUUGGCUAAGGUAUCGAACAGAUCUGAAUUUGGACCCAUUUGCAAUGCCUUCGAGAUCUUGCAGGUGCGUCCAAGGGAUCAACAGACUGACUAUGAUGAUGUGAUAGUGAUAAAGAAGGUAAAAGAGGAGCUGUUAAUGCUUAACCAGGGGAAUACCUUAAUAGAUUCUUGGUCAGGAGAUCCAUGCCUUCCUGAUCAUUGGCAAGGUCUGACCUGCAACUCCAAUGGUUCCACAGUCAUCACAGAUCUGGAUCUUUCUGCAAGUAAAUUUCAAGGGCCAAUUCCUCCGAGUAUCACAGAACUGACCCACCUGAAAACAUUGAACCUGAGCGACAAUUACUUCAGAGGCGAGAUUCCAACAUUCCCACAAUCCUCCAAUUUGACAUCAGUGGACAUAAGCAAAAAUGAACUCGUGGGAUCGCUACCGGAAUCUCUUAUCUCACUUCCAAACUUGAGCAUAUUAUACUAUGGAUGCAAUCCUCAACUUGACAAUGACCUCCCAUACAGCUUGAACAGCUCAAAACUAACCACCGAUUCCGGAGCAUGUCAUCGGAAAUCAAGUGGUCCAACAAAAGGAAUUGUCAUUGGCACUGCUGCAUGUGGAAGCGCUGUAGUUACUAUUGCUCUUGGAACUGUUAUUGUUUGCCUUUACAGACAAAAACUAAUGGCUAGGAGAAAAUGCAAUCGAAAUCGAAUCUCCACGGCAAAGAAUCCGAUUUUCUCCAUGCCUAGCACAGAUGACGUUGUUGUUAAGUCAAUAUCUAUACAGACAUAUACUCUAGAGGACAUUGAGAUCGCCACCCAAAAGUAUAAAACCUUGAUUGGUGAAGGAGGCUUUGGAUCUGUGUACCAAGGUACUCUACCUGACGGCCAGGAGGUUGCAGUGAAGGUCAGAUCAGCUACCUCAACUCAAGGAACUAGAGAAUUUGAGAAUGAGCUAAACCUUCUUUCGGCUAUUCGGCAUGAAAAUCUGGUGCCUCUUCUUGGUUAUUGUUGUGAAAACGACCAACAAAUCCUUGUAUAUCCUUUCAUGUCCAAUGGCUCUCUGCAAGAUCGCCUCUAUGGUGAAGCAGCCAAAAGGAAAAUUUUGGACUGGCCAACAAGGCUUUCAAUUGCUCUUGGUGCUGCUCGAGGUUUGAUGUAUCUCCAUACUUAUGCGGGGCGUUCUGUUAUACAUAGGGAUGUAAAAUCAAGCAACAUACUUUUGGACAAUAGCAUGUGUGCUAAGGUAGCAGACUUUGGUUUUUCGAAAUAUGCUCCUCAAGAGGGGGACAGUAAUGCUUCCCUUGAAGUAAGAGGCACCGCUGGAUACAUGGAUCCAGAGUAUUAUUCAACCCAGCAGCUAUCUGCAAAAAGUGAUGUCUUCAGCUUUGGUGUUGUUCUCCUUGAAAUUAUAAGCGGAAGGGAGCCUCUUAACAUACAGAGGCCACGGAAUGAGUGGAGUUUGGUUGAAUGGGCAAAACCUUAUAUAAGGGAGUCAAAGAUUGAUGAAAUCAUCGACCCCAAUAUAAAGGGAGGGUACCAUGCUGAGGCAAUGUGGAGAGUAGUUGAGGCGGCAUUGGCAUGUAUUGAGCCUUUCUCUGCUUACAGGCCAUGCAUGGCUGACAUCAUUCGAGAGCUAGAGGAUGCUUUGAUCAUAGAGAACAAUGCAUCAGAAUACAUGAAGUCCAUAGACAGCAUAUAUAGCUUGGGAGGGUCCAAUCGCUACUCCAUAAAUAUGGAAAAAAAGAUGGCUCUAAUGCCUACCCCAACUACAUCAGAACCCUCCCCUAUUAACACACAAGCCUUGGCUCCUCCAGAGCCAAGAUAGUAGAUAGGUGGAUGAAAUGUUUAUCAAUUUAUAAAUGAUAAUCAGCUAACAGGAAGAGUAUCCAAUGCUUUUUCAAUGAACGACUAAGUACAUUCAUCUAUUCCAUUUAUUUUGAAGUUUAAGUGUUUACUAUUGCAUCAGACCUUAAUGUUGUGUCAAUACACAUUCCCUGUUUCCUCCCCUUCAUUCCCCACUCUUCUCAGUUAAUCAGCCAAGUUGUUGCAUCUUCUUUUGCCAACCACUAUAUAGUUAGGCCAAAGAUGCAACACUAAUCUAGACAUUUUACAUGAUUUAAGCUAUAAAGAUCUGAUUGGUGACUUUAGUCUAAAUAAGUUAUAUACUUACAGC